AGCAGAGUAUCGCCGGCUGCGUCGACAGGAUCCCCGAAGAUCAAAUGCCCUCGGCCAUCCGGUAGCAGGCAGAAGGUCGCAGCGCGGAGGACCUGGACGCUGCGGUAGCCGGCGUGAUGACGUGGCUUGGGCGGGAUGACAACCGCGACUGGCUGCUGGUGUUUGACAACGUCGACCUGGAUUACGAUCGGGGCGGCGCGGAAGGUGCAUACGACGUAAGAAAGUACGUCCCGUGGGAUCAUGGCGCAGUCUUAAUCACAACGCGACUAUCGCGCCUAGCACAACUAGCACCGCCGGGCUACUCGCGCAAGCUGGUCAAGGUGGACGGCCGGCUUGGGAGGGCUAUCCUAGAGGCAUGGUAUGGUGGUAAUCUUGGCGCCGGCGCUGACGACCUCCUGACCCUUCUCGACGGGCUGCCGCUGGCGUUAGCCCAGGCAGCCUCGUACCUUCGAGAAACGGGGGUCAGCAUUACAAAGUAUUUGGAAAUCUACUGUCGUCAGUGGGAUGAGCUGAUGGCCUCUGGAACAGGCCGGCCGCUGCAGGACUACGAGCAGGGCAGCAUUGCGACAACAUGGGUGGUCUCGUUUCAGCAGAUCGAGGCCCAGGACGGCCCCGCCGGCAGCCUGCUACGCCUCUGGGCCUUUCUCGAUAACAACCACCUGUGGCACGGGCUGUUGACAGUGGCAGGCCGGGAUGGCUCUGACAAGCGCCAUUGGCCACAGUGGCUCGUGGGGCUCGCCGUCAGCGAAGCCCGCUUUCUCGAGGCUGUCAGGCUCCUCUUGCGCUACUCCAUGAUCGAGGCGAAUGAGGACGUCAGAGCUGGCUACUCGAUGCAUCCAGUGGUGCACAGGUGGGCGUUGCACCUGGACGAGGGCAGCCGCAAGGCAUACUAUGCACGGCUGGCCCUCACAUUGGUCGGCUUGUCGGUGCCUAUGUCGACGGAGAGAAAGUACUGGGUGUUGCAGCAGCAGCUUUUGCCGCAUGGGCAACAUUGCGCAGAAUGGCUGCAGAGUGAUAGGACUGAUAGCUUAGAGUUAGCCGACGGAGACCAACUUGAGGCACUUCACAACCUGGGAAACCUCUACGCGCAACAAGGCAGGCGGGCCGAGGCCGAGGCGAUGUAUCAGCGAGCGCUGGCCGGCUAUGAGAGAGCGCUUGGACCUGACCACACGGACACUCUCAAGACCGUCAAUAACCUAGGAAUCCUGUAUAAUAACCAAAGCAGGCCGGCUGAGGCGGAGGCGAUGUAUCAGCGAGCGCUAGCCGGCUAUGAGAAGGCGCUUGGACCUGACUAUCCCGAGACGCGAAUGGCUUUGCGUAACUUGGUAUUACUGCAGGAAUCAACAGGGUUUCGCGGAGGGGAAGCCCUGGAGGAGGGCUAAGACAAAGCUCCUAACCCUUAUCCGCAUUAACCGUGUUAAUGUGCCAAGGGGUCAAGUCGGCGGGAAUACCAACAGUUAGCGGCAGACUAUCCACGAGAUGGAUAAAAAUGCGAAAGACGAGCCACAUGAGCGAGUGCCCGCGAUCUAGCUAGUACGGCACUCGGUCUCCACGUACGUGCACGCAGGAGGGGCGGACAAUGUGAUGCCACGACGAUGCCCUCGAAUGGACUAACUUGC